CUAUCACACAACCCCGCGCGCCAUCCUCGCGGCCUCCCCUUGCCUUCCACACUGUCACGCGUAGGAAGAAGAUGAGGCCAGCGUCAUCGGCCCCCGUGCCGGCCGUCCUGACGGCCGCCGCCGCCGUCGUCGUAAAGCCAACGCAGCCUCACCGCGCGGUCCACGCCGCCGCGAGCAGCGGCGGCGGCGGCGUAGUGGGUAGGCGCGAGGUGGUGGCGGGGGGAGGCGUGGCGGCGGCGGCGGCGGCGCUGGUGGUGGCGCUGUGGGGCCCGUGCGGGGCGGCGUGGGCGGCGUCGGACGAGGAGUAUGUGAGCGAGACGAAGGACGUGAUCGGGAAGGUGCGGUCGACGAUCAAUAUGGACAGGGCGGACCCCGGGGUGGCGGACGCGGUGGCGGAGCUCCGGGAGCUGUCCAACUCGUGGGUGGCCAAGUACCGGCGGGAGAAGUCGCUGCUGGGGCGGCCGUCCUUCAGGGAGAUGUACUCGGCGCUCAACGCCGUGUCGGGCCAUUACAUCAGCUUCGGCCCCACGGCGCCCAUCCCCAACAAGCGCCGCGUCCGCAUCCUCGAGGAGAUGGACACCGCCGAGAAGGCCCUCCUCCGCGGCCGGUGAACGCCGCCGCCGCCGCCCGUCGCUCCGCCUUCUUCCUUCUCGCGAGACGCAACGCGUCGGACCGUACGGCACCUUCUCGAUCUCUCUUUUUGUAACUACACUACACCAUCGCAUCCCGGUGGGAGCGUCGCGUUGCUUGUGGGACUCUAAUCGAAUCGAAUCGAUCGGGGCUUUGAUAAUAUUUACAGAGCUAUGUGUAAUUUUUCUGUAUUGUUCUUGGAGCAGCUGAUCGACAUGGCGUGAUUGUGAGGCCGUUCUUACCA